AGCUGCAGUCCAAGAUACAUACGGCUGCAUUAAUUGGGAAGUUAGAUUUAUGCCCCUCAGUGAAACUGCUGAGAGUCAGCUGUUGAAAAAGAGAAAAUGAGGAGUCUGUCACAAACAACUGACUGUAAUGAAGAGGAAGUGAAGGUUCUCAUGAAGUCUACUACUACAGUCAACGAAAAGAUAUCAACAAUGGAACAGACAUGAAAACUCUCACUGAGGAGUGGCCAUUUUUGUUUCAGGAAAGUGGAAUGGAAGUGCACUUUAAAGACCUCACAGGGAUACCACUUAAAGAGACCUUCCUGAACAGCAUUGACAGAAAAGGAAACAGGCUGUUGAACUUUAUGAGGAAUGUUUGUGCAACCAGGAACAAGCGUGUCUUACAGGCUGUCACAAAACUUGAAGUUUUGAGAGGACAGACGAAUGGUUGCUCAGAGGAUGUGAAAGACAUGAUUCUUCUACUUCUCUCCUAUUUUGAUGAGAAAGAAGAGCUCCUUCUUCAUUAUGUAGAAGAGACAAGCCUUGCAAAGGAUGUAGAGUUGGACAACCUGCCUCCGACGCCUUGCAUUAUUGUGUGUGGACCCUCCUGCUAUGCUGCUGUUCGAUUUAUGCUCAGUGUGGACCGCAAGAUUGUGAAUGAUGACAUCACUACAUUCAUCGCUGCCGUUUGCCUAAUGUUCGGCAGUUAUUACUGUUUCAAUAUACACUACCCUACUGAACUGGCAUCAGUGCUUGAAUUUUUGCAAAGGUGCUUCUUCAUCAUCAAUCCUGAAAAGGGCACAAAGGUUGUGGAAAAGAACAACAAAAAACGACUCCCAGUGAACCCAAGAGUCUUCACCUUAAUCUCUGACCUUUCUGAUCACGAGUGGCGAGAGAGACCUCAGUCUUCUGGCGGAAAAUCUAGCGUGACCAAACAGAGCGCACGAGUGGUGGCCAAUUAUGACGUCACGGCCUUCCUGCGCAACCUAUGA